AUUAUAGCAUAUCUGUCUAUUCUGGGCCUUCUGUUGUUGUAUAUGGUCUAUCUGACACUGUUGGAGCCUAUUUUGAAGAGAAGGCUGUUUGGCCAUUCACAGCUCAUUCAGAGUGACGAUGAUGUUGGGGACCAGCAGCCCUUCGCCAAUGCCCAUGACGUGCUUUCCCGUUCUCGCUCUCGCUCCAACAUGCUAAACAAAGUGGAGCACGCUCAGCAGCGCUGGAAGAGGCAGGUCCAAGAACAGCGCAAAUCUGUCUUCGACCGUCACGUGGUGCUUAGCUAAAAGCCUUUUACAGUCUGGACUAUUAUCCGUGGGUUCUGGUACUGUGUUAAAUGUGGGGUCUUCUCCAUGAUGUCCGACCCAUCUCAUUGGUCUGCCUGAGCAACCCCCAGUGACUCCAGUGUGUUCAUUUAUUUUUGAUGUGUAGGUUUGUCGUCUUGACCAAUGUGUCCGACUAAACCUUGUUUAUUAUUAGAGUUUGCUUGAUACAGACAGUUUGCAUUAAUUAUCACUGUGUUCUUGCAUUUUGAAAUCAUGCACUCUAAAAUUAGCAAAGAAAAAAUGUUUACUUCUACUGCAGUAUGCGUAA